AUGACACAUGCGUGCACGUCAUGGUCACAUGCAUUGGACCUUGCGGCUCAGAAAUUCGACGUAGUGUCCUGGGGUCGUGAGUUGGACAGAGGAAAACCGACGGGCACCUUACGGCUAUCCACUUCGUGCCUCAAGGACAGACACAUAAGAGCAAUCAUUUAUGCCAUUGAACUGGGCUAUGAGCAUAUCACUGAGCUAUCAGUACAUUUCUGUAGUGACUAUUCUACAGAUAAGGGUACAGAGCGGCAGGAUCCAUUUUCUUCCGAAGGUUGUCACUCAACGUAUCUGCAGUGGCUUGGUAUGACCACCAGUCUUUCACGCCCUGAUUCUGAAAAGAAAUCUGUCUACGACAGGCUCUCUGCAGGCACCAGUCUUUCGAGUCGUGACAACUACCCCAAAGAUACAACUAAGGGCGUUGAUGAGCGAGCGCUGGACAUGACAGUUGAGAGCAAGAAGCGGCUGCAAAGCAUGGCGACAUUGUUUCGGUUGUUAAUUAGGUACUGUCCUCUCAUGCAGCAUCUGAAGCUGAUCUCUUUUUACGGCAUUUGCCCAGGGUUUCUGAGCAAGUCAACAAUAACUAGUUUAUUCAGUGCAAUGGCACGGAACUCUGGGAUGUAUAAACAGCUAGACGGAAUAAUAGUCAGAAACUGUCCUCUGGGCGAUGAUAUGUUGAAAUCGGCAAUUCUCAACCUUUCUACGGCACUAUCUAUCAGGCUGCUUGUUUUACACACCUGUGGCCUGACAGAUGAGUUGGCUGGCGUCCUCGGGGCAAUACUUACUGCACACAAGAAUGCAAGAGAUAACAGGUUAUGGGAGCUAUGUUUAAGGAAAUAUGGGCCAACACUAAGGGAAUCUGGCAAUUCUGCAGUCCGAGAAGGUCACUUUACGUUUGCACAGUUGCAGAAGAUCAGAUGUAUGCACGAGCUAAAAGGAUUAACAUAUCUUGACUUAGGGUAUAAUAGCUUUGGAAAUGAACUAUGCACAGAGCUUCUAGACAGUUUGAAGGACGACACUUAUGUUCAUUCUAUCAGCCUAGAUGGAAACAAGGGUGUGAAGCUCUCCACAUCUAUUAUGAUACCUACAUAUGACAAUGGAGACUUAGACUAUAUCUAUGAUAACCUCAUUACCAUAGUGAAGAACAACGAGGACAAUUCUGCGGAGAAUUUUCAUUGUAGUCACGAUGCAGAGUUCAAGAACAAGAAUUUGCCUAUUCGAAUGGCAGAGCGCAUUUCAGAGAUAGAGAAUGGGGACUCUCGUGCAUGUACCGCGCGGUCGAGAGCCGAGCAGAUAGUGCUCCAAUCUAUCUGUCCUGACUACGAGCCCUCCACCAAAUCUAACGUAAUUUCAUAUCUAGCCUCAUAUGCACGUAGCACAGACGACCUGAAAACUUUGAUGACUCUUAAAGCACACCCUCUUGUGCAAUUGCUGUUACAGAACACCACUAUACUACACCUGUUACUGGACAGCUCCACAACCCCGACGCUGUUAAGGUUUGUUCAUAGUCGUUUAUCAGCAAACCGGAAACUGGCGAAUAAGCAUCUACUAGAGAAUGCUGAUAAAGUUCUAACACAUGAGCGGGAUCUUGAGGAGGCUGUAGAAGAGCUGCGCGAGCAGGAAAAUCUCCAAGGCAUGAUUAAAAAGCUCAAACUAGCUGCAGACCCAAUCAAUUUUCUUGCAGCUGAAAAACCUGUUGCUUUAGAAUACGAUAAUUUAACACCUAGGCGCCGCAGCCGUCGAGGGAAGUCUAUCUCACGGAUAAUAAACACAAAGCACAAACUUAAAGACCUAGAACAGCUUGAUAAUGAUAUUUCAGGACAGACCACCCCACCACUUGACAAAGAUGUGUAUCCUCUCUGCUCGUCUCGAGAAAAAGCAUCUAACUACACCCAGUCACGUCCGCAAAGUGCUAGUAAAGUACAGCAAGCUAAGACUACACGGCGCACAGCCAAGCGACCCAUUUCCGCUGAAGCACAGGCGACUCAGCGCCUCAAGGAAAAUCAAAAAGAGAAUAUAUAUUACUCUAACGCAUCUUCUGGCUUUUCUAACUAUUCUAAAGGACCACUUCCAUUUGAUGUUGCAAGGAAGCCUCGUCAGCGUGCGUUAUCUGCCGGGAAAAAUGCUUGUAAAGAAGACUCAGAUGAUGUGCCUGCAUUCAGAAGAAACAAGCCCGAUCCAUUUGCCAGUAGGCAGACACAGCAACGAUCUGUAUCACAGGGCAAGGUAGGCAAUACCACCAAGAAUGCAAUAGCUUUUACACCUGGGAAGGAGACAGGACGUUCCCUGAAAAAGCAAAUCAGCGUGGAAAAACUGACCUCAACCAAGCAGAAUGUAGCGAUUCCGCGACAGACACGCCCCAAUCAACAGCAGACUCAUCGUCCAGCCACAUCUACACGGUGGGAAUCUCCUGUUUUAUCCCGACAUAACGACCAUGCGUCGGUGAGUAGUGAUGAUGAGGCAAGGUACAGCGUUAUUCACUCUCCGCGGAGACCUAUUUCAACAAGCAAAAGUACGUCCCUGGUUCGUCUAAGCCAGGGAAUUCCAUCGACUGAACCUCUGCGCACAUCUCCACACACAAAGAAGAAGACUUCUCGACAAGAGCUACCUGUUUAUGCCCCGGUUGACGCAUCUGCUCUUUCAGAAAUAGAACCCGUACGAUCAAGCAAUAGCCCGAUCAACAAACCGGAUAACCACGGGAGUGGUAUAGAGCAAUCCGAUGUUAACGAUAUUGCCCUUAAUCGCAACACUGAAGGCUCGCGUGAUUCGUUUAGUAAGGCACUGCACGAUAAUAUAGACACGAUACGACUGGAGCACUACGCUCCCCCCGUUCUCACUGAACCAUCGUCUGUAUAUAUAACUCAGGAAGACAAAAAUAAGUUAUAUAUACGGCUACUACAAGACAUGGCGUCUUCUCAACAAGCUAGCAGUGAGUAUGAUGAUACCAGUGCAGAGCUGCGUGAGCUUUCGGCCAAAGCACAAAGCAUAAUAAAAAAUUCUCGUUUGAGAAAAGAAGAUACACCUAGCGUUCCGAAAUACAACUUCUACUCCCACAAGAGGGAGGGUGGUGAGGUCGAUGAGCUUCAUAUAGAUGAAUUAUCAAACACAGCGGCAUCCGGACUUUCGCAAUCUCGAUCUAGACGACUAGAUUCCGCAGACAUUGAACUUAAAGAAAUAGACCAGUUAUUGACAAAAGCGCAGAGCAUGGGUGAAGAACUGGAUAGAUCAUAUAAAAGAAUUAAUAGCUUGUACAUGGAGACUAUGCAAGACGUUUAUGGUUCUACUACAAAGAAGGUCAAAGAGAAUGGUAGCGCUCAUUUAGACCAAGUGGAGCCUAAGCAAGUGGAUAUGCAAGUAGUAGACCAACUGCUGGUGAACAAUAGCCCGUCUCGUCCGACCCAGUAUCAACCUAAGAACCUGGCAGAAAAGCUAGCUCUCAGUAAAAUGUCAGCAUCUGGGACAUCGAAGUGGUCCGCAUAUUCAACGGCUACUCUCACCAAUGAUGAACUCUUAAGGAGUGUAGAUAGCAUUAUCGGGGACCACCCCACUUCACACGAAUCGCGGUAUCAAAACGGCUCAUCCGAUGUGUCUAGGACGACUGACCUAGAUAUUAGUAGCAUGAAAGAGAGCAUUCGAACAAAUGGCACCCCAAUACUGGCUGCAAAUAUUGGCGACGAAUCCUUUGAAAGUGUAAUCGGGCUUUUGUAUACUGUCCUGAUGUACUUUACAAGGUCGGAUCGCAGCGAAGCCUUACGCGUUUAUAAGCUUAACGAACCUCGAAUUCUAGCAUAUAUAGAAGAGAUUUUGGUAAAGCUACGAUGUAACGAACUUCAUCUGAAUGAGGUGUCUGGAUGCCUUUACGAAUUAGUUGCAACUCUUGUCAAAGACGUUCCCUAG